GCGCCUCCAAGGCCGGCGCCUUUCCAGACCCGCCCUGUCCCAGGGUCUGUCUGGCAGACGCGCGGGGCUGCGGGGCCGCCUCUCCGGAAGCCAGCCCGGUGGUCCCCGAAGCCGACUCAUAAAUGAUUUAUGAGCCGGGGCGGAGCGGGCCGGGUGGAGGGGUGGGGUGAGGCGAGGAAAGAGCGGGGUUGGGUGGGGGGCGGAGGCGGCGGCGGCGGCUCGACCCGAAGGAGAGCUGGACCGGGCGCGCGGAAUGCUGCUUUGAUGGACUGAGUCCCCCUCCCCUGCCUGCCAGAGAAGGUUCUCUGCUGCCCUUCGCUGCAUGCCAGCCCGGCCAGGAAACUGAGGACACCACAGACUCAACUUCAGGACGCUUCUUCUGCACAGGAACGCGCUCCUGCCGCCCCUAAGGCUUCCAGAACCCCUGACGUGGGCGGCCCCCAGUACCACCUCAUGUUCAGGGCAUCUUACUAGCCAUGGUCCUCCUCCUCAGCUUCCUCCUGCUGCUGGGCCUCUGUGAGGACACCGUGUCAGAGGAGCCGUCAUCAUCCGGGUACCGUCCUGCUGAUUUGGAGUUCCAGUUGCCUUCAACCCCCUAUCAGACCAGCGACUCCUACGAUCCUGGUCCCGCUGGCUUCUUCUUUCACAUCGUGCGCCUGUUUGUUCAUGUUGUGCAGCCCAAUGCUUUCCCUGAAGAUAUUUUAAGAAAUAUUAUACAGAAGAAGUUUGACCCCUCAAAGGAGUAUGAUAAGAUUAUCUACUAUGAGAUCGGGGUUAUUAUCUGUGCUGCCCUGGGAUUGCUGUUUAUUAUUCUGAUGCCUCUGGUGGGAUUUUUCUUUUGUCUGUGUCGUUGCUGUAACAAGUGUGGUGGAGAAAUGCACCAGCGUCAGAAGAAAAAUGGUCCCUUCCUCAAGAAGUAUUUUACAGUCUCCCUCCUGGUGAUCUGUGUGUUCAUGAGCAUCGGUAUCAUCUAUGGUUUUGCGGCAAAUCAGUACAUGAGGACUCACGUGGAAGAGACUCGGAAAUUGUCAGACAGUAACUUCAACGACCUGAGAACUCUCCUGAAUGCGGUGCCAGGGCAAAUUGACUAUAUACUGGAGCAGUAUACCCGCACUAAGGAGAAAGCAUUUGACGAUCUGGAUAAUAUUAACUUGUUGCUGGGAGGCAGCAUUUAUGAGCGUCUCAAACCCAAAGUGCUCCCUGUGCUGAAGGACAUCAAGGCCUUGGCAGAAGACAUGAAAACUAAUAGAGCUACCCUUGCCCGAGUGAACACUGUCUUAACGGACAUGAAGCAGUCGUCUGCACAUCUUCGCACCAGCCUGAGAGACAUGAAAACGAGCAUGGAGCAAACACUCACGGAUCCCCAGUGCACCUUUCCUGUAACGGCGACCACGUGCGCCAGCAUCAGGCAGUCUCUGAACGUCCUGGAUGGCAGCGCCAAUUUUGAUCAGCUCCCAUCUUUGGAUGGACACAUUGCUCAGCUUGAUGGACUGCUUCAAACAGAUUUGUCCAGCCUGGUCCAAAAGGCCAAUGACUCUCUUUCUGACAUACCUGGGGAAGUGAAAAAUCAAACCAGGGACUUCAUAUCAGAGUUUAAAAAGACCUUGAAUUCCAUUCAAUCUGAUGUAAAAAAUGUAAGCACAAAGAUUCCUAUUCAGAAGACACUGUCGAAUUUCGUCCGUUACAUUAAUAACUCUGAAGAUUAUAUCCUCCACUAUUUACCCACUGUGGAAAAAUGCAAUUCAUACAGGUGGCUCGUUUGCUUGACCAUCUGCUGCUUGCUGACCCUCAUCUUGAUUUUUUACCUCCUGGGCUUGCUGUGUGGCACGUUGGGCUAUGACCAGAAUGCCACCCCAACCAACCGAGGCUGCGUCUCGAACACCGGGGGCGUCCUCCUCAUGGUUGGGGUUGGAUUCAGUUUCUUCUUUUCUUGGAUAGUCAUGACCAUCGUGGUGCUGACUUUUGUCACUGGUGGAAAUUUGGAAAAUCUGGUUUGUGAGCCUUACAGAAACAAGAAGUUCUUCCAGAUUUUGGACACUCCAUAUUUACUAAAUGAGGAUUGGGAAUACUAUCUCUCUGGCCUAGUACUUAACAAACCAGAUAUUAAUCUCACUUUUGAACAAGUUUACAGUGACUGCAAAGAAAAUAAAGGCCUUUAUGCAACACUUAAGCUCGACCACAUCUACAAUGUCAGUGAAGAGCUCAACAUUACAAAGCAUACUGGAGACAUAAAUAGUAAUUUGGAAAAUAUGAAUUUAAGAAUUAACGAUAUAGAACUGCUGGAUAAAACAGGAAGGAAAACCCUUAUGGAUAUCAGCUCUUCGGGAAUAGGCAAAAUAGACUAUGCUGCCUACAUAAACGCGACCGAGGGAAGUCCCACGAGAGUAAAUCUUAGGUCGUUUGCAGACAAUCUCCAAAGAAAAGCCAACCAGCUGCCCCCAGGAAACUUGAAAACCAGCUUGAAGGAUCACGUAGAUACCUUAAGAAAUAUCCAUCAGAACCAAGUAGUCCCUUUGCAGAAUUCAAUGAGCAUCAUGCACCAGCAAAUGAAGGGACUUCAUCACAGGACCAGCAGAUUGAGGGACAGAGUAUCCAACAUCAUUUUCUUUUUGAAUUCCACCCAGUACUUUCUCACCAGCCAGCUGGCCAAAGUUGUCAUUGAAGAAAGUAAGCAGUUCGGGAGUAAGAUAAUAAGCUACUUUGAACGUUACCUGCAGUGGGUCAAGAUGGCCAUCACCCAGCAAAUUGCGGCCUGCAAACCGGCGGCCACUGCACUGGACUCGGCUGUUAACGUCUUUCUGUGCAGCUACAUCGUCGACCCUCUGAAUCUGUUUUGGUUUGGCAUAGGAAAAGCGACCGUGCUUUUACUUCCUGCUCUCAUUUUUGCCGUGAAGCUGGCUAAGUACCUCCGUCGAAUGUAUUCUGAAGACGUGUAUGAGGAUGAGCCGGUGCACAAGGUUCAAAGUAAACCCAGGGUUCAAACUAUACCCAGGGUUCAAACUGUACCCAUGGUUCAAACUGUACCCAUGAAAACGGCGCUGUAACACAUCACACAAACCGGUUGACUUAGAGCAACGCGUUCUCCACUUUAGCGGAGGCCGGAAGUCUGAAACCCACACGUCAGCAGAGCUGGCUCCUCCCAGGAAGCCCGAGGAAGAGCUUGCCCCGGCCUCUGUCUUCUGCUGGAGCUUCCCUUGGUGUGUCUCACCUCCUAAGGACGUUGGUCGUCGGAUCAGGGCCCUUCCUAGGCAAGAACAACUUCAUCUUCGUUUGCCCACAUCUGCAAACAGCCUAUUUUCAAGCAUUCGCUGAGACCAGUGGACAUAAGUUGGGGGGUGGGGGUGGGGGUGGGGGGGGAGGGCGGGAGGGGCUGCCUAGUCGCUCGGUUGUGAGGGAUCCAUCCGCCAAUGCUGGAGACCCGGGUGGGAUCCGUGGUCUGGGUAGAUUCCUCCCCAUGCCAUCGAGCAGCUAAUCCCCUGAGUAAACUACUGCUGAGCCUGCGCUCUCGAGCCUGGGAGCUGCAACUGCUGAAUGCGUGUGCUGAAACUACUGAAGAUCGCUCGCCCUAGAGCCCAUGCUCCGCAGCAAGAGAAGCCUCUGCAGUGAGAGACCUGGGCACCACACCUAGAGAGCAGCCCCCGCUCGCCCCAGCUAGAGAGAAGUCUAGGCAGCAGUGAAGACCCAGCACGGCCGAAAAAGUAAAUCAACAAAAGUAUUUUUAAAAGGUGGGGAGGAGAGGAUAUUAUUCAACUUGCACGGUCACCCAACAUCAGUAACAAAUGGCCAAAGAGAGAGAGAUGUGAACACAAAAGCCAGCUGUACCGGACACACACAAAUUAAGGCGCAUCACCAACAUCGAGAAUGGCAGGAAGUGAAAAAUGUUAGUAAAGUCUGUACCUAAGAGCACGUGACUAACCCACUGCUUGUGUCAAUCAAUUGCCUCUGCGUCUGACCCAGUGACGCCUAGCCCCACUCUGACUGACUGGGUUCCUCUGAGGAAAGAGCUUUUUAAAACUGCUGGUCCUUGGGUCCUCCCCCAAGAGAUGCCGACAGGUGAGGCUUCAGCAUGUGGGUUUAAAACUUUGCCUGGUGAUUCUGGUGGAAGGCCAAGGUUGGGGUACACAGCCUCUGAUUAACUGAAUCGGAAUUUCUGAAAUGUAUCCCAGGGAAUUCUCAAGUGUAACCUGGGCUGAGAGUUAUUAAUACAGUUUCUACAUGCA